AUGGCCAAGUUGGCUGAGACUGCAGAUGAUUGGCUGACUCAAUAUGCUAGGAUUGAAGUUGCUGAAGUGCCUGCCAACCUCAGAGCUAGCUUGAUGCUUUAUGAGGGAGUGGAGAUCAAUCAGGUUGCUCAGAAUACCACUUUUUCUAUGAGAGAAAAUAUCAAUGUGUUGAGCAAGGAACUGCAGAAGCUGCUGCAUUUCCUUUGGAAACAAGAUGCUGCUGAUACUGUCUUGUUUGCAAGGAGGAAAACACAAAUCUCUGACCAUCUUAAGCUCAAUGAUUCUUCUACUCAAAUCAUCCAAAUGGGUCUGAUUGGUAAGCUUUUGGUUGAUGUUUUGCUUGAGAAUCCAUGCAGCACAAGUCAAUAUCCAUUGGGCUGUUCCUAUGCUGCAUCUAGAUGCUUCUUCAUUUCCAAGGGCAAACUUGUGUUAAGAUCAGCUGAUGAGUCUGCUUCCCAAGUUGCCACCAUAAUGCACUUGUUCAGAUUGGCCUACUGUUCUGUUGUGGGGACUAUGAGCAAUCCUCUUGGAUACAUGGAAGGAGCAAAAGUCCUGGUGAAAACUGUUAUGGAGAGGCCCAUGAUGAACACCUUUGGACCUAUGAUCAGACAGCUCAGAGAGAUUCAGAUGCAGAAACCCAAGAUUAUUAUUGACAGGCAUUUCUCCAGGAAUGGAGAGAUAGUGGUUCAAGGUCUCAUCUUCAAGCCAGAAGUUUGGAAGACUCUCAUUCCAAGGGUUGUUGGUGCUGCCAGACUUGUUCUAAGUCAGAUCUUUGAUGGAAAGGAUUGGGAAGUCUUUUUGACCACAACUCUGCCUUUGCUCAAUGUCAGAAUAUCAGGUGGAGCUGAUGAUGGUGUGCACUUUCAAGUUCAACAAGCCAGUGGAGAUGUGUCCAGUGAUUCUUUGGAGCUGUCUCCUCAGCUCAAUGAAAUGGACCAAGAUCAUCUGUCAUCAAUUGUUGAGUUCUGUUUACAUGGUCUGGGUCUUGGCAGUAUGAGACAUUCAGAAACUUUAGGCCUCCAAGAUUUUCAAGUUCUCUGGGGGAAUGGUGCUUUGUACUUCUAUGCCAAAUCUACAAAGAAGUGGAAGGCCCAGUCAAAACUCAGUACUGAGCUGACUCAGCAUAAGCUUCCAAAGUCAAUUUCAAGGAUUGUACUGCUCUUCAGACUUGUCAUUUCAUUGACAGGGGGGGAUUUGGCAUGCUUUGUCCCAGUAAGAAGUGAUAGGAAGUACCACAUGAAAGACUUUGUGCAGUCUUUAUUUUGUCUUCCCAGAGUGCCUGAUGAUCUUCAAGUCAGGCAUUUCUUUGCAAGUCUGUCCAACUAUUUGUUCCCUGUGCAAGAUGAUGGGAAGGCCACCACUUCUGACAUGGUUGCCAUGCAGAGUCAUCAUGCUCCUUCCACUCAUGCCAGUACCUACUUUACUCAUAGGAAGACCCAUCUUGAGGACUACUAUGAUGCCUACCACUUUCACCUUGGAGACAAGGAUACUCAGUGGACCUAUGAUAUUCCCCUGGAUGUUCUGCCUGAGCAAACCAUUGUUGCUGCUCUCAAAAUCCUGUAUGGUGGUGAAGCAAAUUGGCUGUCUGAGACUCAGAGAAGUAUGGUUCUGACAUGGUCCACAUUAUCCAAGAAUGUGGUAGCCAAUCUACCUUGUGGUGGAGGGAAGUCUGCUGUGUGGGAGGUGACAGCCUACACCAGGCACAGAGUUGGUUUGACAAGGAAGUGUACUGUUGUGGUGGUUCCCUACAAGUUUCUAGCCUACAAUCACUACCAUUCUGCAGAAGCCAAAUUUCAACUACUAGAUGGUUUCUGUGUUAAGAUGUUGGAGAGCUCUGCUGUUUGUUCCAAUCAAGUUCCCACCAUUCUAAAGACCUUGCAAUGUUUGGUGUUCCCAUUUGUGCUCUGA